AUGCAAGGACCUCCGUUAGCAUCAGAAUCUAUAGGAUGUACCCCAUCAACGAGGACAUAUCCCGAUGGAACCGUGAGGUCUGCACAGGGGUCUUCGGCUACUUCACAUCGCAGACUUCGACAGGAAUUGCCUUCUACCGCUCGAGUAUCUGCUCCAUCGGAGGGCAUCAAACUACCCAAACGACCUGCUACCAGUCGAACCUCGAAGACUCAAAUCCGUCAUCAUGAACAUGAGGAACAUUUUACGACGAGAAGUGACACUAUAGCGAUACAAGAGGCCAUUCGACGCGAACGAAACCAGGAACAGUAUGUGAACCCGCUUAUUGGUCGAAGUGUGGAGUCUCGAGGGCAACUUGGUCGGGAUGGUAAGCCCAAUCGUGAUGGAGUAGAAACUAGAACUAUGGAGUUAUUGUCCCGAGCUCGUGUCGUCUCCACAGCCGCGAUGAAUGCUACAGAACGUCUGCGCUCGAGAGCUUUCCAGGCACGAGCAAAUGGAGAUUAUGACCGAGCUAUCAAGUUUUACACGAGUUUAUCGACUGCAAAACCGAGUGAAAUUGAGGCGAAAUUCCAGCUCGCUGUGUGUUUAGAACGAACAGGUCAAAUCAGACCCGCGUUAGCAGCUUACAAGCAAGUUCAGAGACUUUCCGGUGGACAACAUGCCUUUGCGUACUAUAAUAUGGGCAAUUUGUGUAUGCGUGUCGAUAAAGUAGCUCAAGCUGUCGACUAUUUUUCACCGUACCGUAAGAAUGGAGAUUUCGAGAAGGCCGCACAAGAUUACGACCUUGUUCAAAAGAACUCAGGGGGCUCUACUACCUUGGCAGACGAGAGUGUGAUGUUCACUGCUGAGCACCUGUACAACACCGUGAAGCGUGCCACAUCUCCGAAGAAAAGAAUCCCUCAACAAAGUGUACAUAACGAUGAAAUAGCACGUGGAUUGGAGAUCGAACCUGACACAAACCAAGACACAAACGAGUGUCAAAGCGAACCUGAUGAGACUGAAGAUGCACUGACAGCUUGGACGCUUCAGCGCAGUCUGGAGAUUGCUCGACUUCCACCGUCUGAAAGAAGCGACAGUGACCUUCAAUACCUCGUCGAUUUUAUGCAGAAGAGAUUCUUAGUUUGCGCGGCGUUGAAUCCGGAAGUUUGCAAGCUUUUAUGUCGUGAUCUUGUGCUAAGUCCCGAUGGAGCUCUUCCAGCCCGAACACCAAUUUUUAUGGAACAGAAUGGUGUUGAAGCUCCACAUGAUAAGUCAUUGUAUUUUAUUUUUCAAGGAAGAGUAUCUGUCUCAAAGACUGCUGGUAGAAUGUUUCAGCUGUCGGCAGAGUACCUAGAGAGCUCUGAAGAGCGCUUUAAAGUGCAGGAAGAGCUGGAUGAAGCUGAAAUGGGUGCGUCCGACGUCACGUGGGAACCUCCAUGGAAUACUUAUCAAAUACCCGUUAAUUCGGACUGGAAGCAAACGCAAUUAGAGCUCUGUGAGCUUGAGCACGGAGAUAUUUUUGGUCACCAAGGGAGGAUUACAAACGCUCCACGAGCGUAUUCAGCAAUUACGACAACAACGUGUGUGAUAGGGGCUUUAUCGUGGCAUCAGUGGAGUCGAAUUGACCGUGCACAACACGAAGUCGAGCGAGACCGCGCCGCUCGAUUCCUCUCCAUGGCCCCAGCGUUCAAUAAUAUCCCCGUAGUAGAUAUCCGCAACCUUGCAAACCGAUCUACAUUUGUCAAGGUCAUCGGCUCCAAAGUCGUGUGCUGUGAAGGCCAGUCUGUGAAUGGGCUGAUACUGGUUCGAGAAGGCGAACUCUGCAAAUUUUCGCCUUGUGGAUUACGAACACCACCUGAUAUGUCCAUAUCAUUCGCACUUAGUGGACGUCUAUCUGAAUCUCAAAGCGCUCGACUAUUUUACACACAACUUGAGACUGCAGGGGAUCCUCUGAGCUUUUUACGUAUUAAUGAGGCGCAUCAUGGAUUUCUUCCACAAAAUUACGUGAAGUCCAAGCAGCGGGAGCUUCUGCGAGCUGCCACUACACGACCAAAAUCAACCAAUACCAGGCGAACAAGUGUCGCUAUCAACUGUAUGGGGACUGGAAGGGGGACAACGCCAACGCAACCGGUUGCGCUGGCACUGCGACGUGGAGAAUGUUUUUGUGCGUCAUCAUCCUGGGUUCCACCGCGCCAGUCUCGACAAGAAAAACAGCAGAUUCAUGGAAUAUCUUGCGCCAAGGCAGCGUUGAUAUCGGUCUCUACAGUAGAGCUUCUGUUCUUGUCGGCUGCAGAUAUCAUGCAGGGAUUCUCUGCUGAUAGCCGUUCGCAACUACAUCGUAAUUUACAGGACAUUGCCUUGAUGAACAAACAUAAGUACAAGACAGACUUGUCACGUUUACGAGGUCCACCUGGAGGGAGAAGAAACUCGAAUCUGUUAGAGCAGUUAGUCCGAGAUACACAUUGGAGCAAAUUUAAACAGGAGCUCGUGGAGAGUGUGCUUCGCGGACGGACGUGA